ACCCCACCAGAUACAUUCAGCCUUAUGGUCUACUCUUCUGACUGACUGGCGAAGUAUGACUCAGGUUAGCUCGCCCGAGUCGAACUAUCUAACGACCCACUGCCUUGUGGCUUAGGAUAUGACCCAUCUAGCCUACCAGACCAGGUGGCUCCUCUGGCCUUAUAAAAAGGCAUUAUCCGUGAUGCAUAUCUGCAUGUUAAGCCAAAACGAAACAUUGUUUGGCCUCUAUUACUUCACAGCGAAGUUCAACUAAUACAGUCAUAAUCUUCGUGAUUUUGGACGAAACACUUAUUUGACAGGCAUAGCAUCUUCCAAGAAAGCAACGGCGCAGCCAACAUGAGCUCCAAUAGACAACCCAAAACCCCUUCAGUACUUCAACGAGUCGCGAAGGUCGUUCAUGCAUUCAAACGGGACUCAAGCAUGUUGCAAUACCUCUCGUCUUUUCUAACAAAGCCUUCCCCUACCACACAGAUGGCAAAUGAACGCCAACAUACUGUGUGGCUGUUCGAUAAUACAGCGUACCAGGCACGAAUCUCCGGCUCAACCCAACCCAAUUCGUGGCGGGCAGAAAUUGUUGCUUGCGUGUUCCAGAAAGAUAGUAGGAAAGAUCUCAGCAAACUCGUUGCUAUGGUUGCAGACCUCAUCGGCCUGGAUGGAGAGAUUGGCACAGAUAAAGAGACUCGCCAUCGGAUAGCAGAGCGACUUCAGCCAUUCUUGCAUCACACGGCAUCCUCGCAUCUCAUGAUGUUAGAAACACCCCUACCGAACAAUGUCACCCAAAUUCAUCAAAUUGGGCCUACAGAUGACGGUGGCAUAAUCUGUCAAAUAGUGGAAGCAGAAAGUGGCCAUCUCACAAACGGGGCCAGUAUACGCUCAUACCUCCGCGGCUGGGCGAGCGAGGUGUCGAUGAGCACGACGUUUGCAGGUCCGCAGGGUUGGCUUGUUAUUUCCGACAUUGACGAUACCAUUAAGUACACCAAGACCUCCGAGUCAACCGGCAUCCUUCGCACAACUUUCGUGGAGGAGCCAAAACCGAUCGCUGGAAUGCCUCGGCUUUACGCCCAUCUCCAACGUGACCUUGCGCCCACAUGGUUUUACCUUUCAGCUUCUCCAUACAACCUGUAUCCGUUCUUGCAUGGCUUUAUACACACCUACUUCAGCCCUGGAACCUUGAUACUACGCGAUACAUCGUGGUUGGAUGUGAGUGAGUUGGUCAAAUCCUUCAGCGUCAACACCAUGGAGUACAAGGUGGAUCGCGCCGAGAAGAUCCAUGGCUGGUUUCCACAGCGACAGGUGCUUUGCAUUGGCGACUCAACACAGAAGGACCCGGAGGCGUAUGCCGAACUUUACAAGAGACAUCCAGAUUGGAUUCAGGCAAUCUGGAUCAGAAAGGUCACGGAUGUACCUCACUUGCACGAGCAGAAUAUGCCGGAGAGGUUCCAGUCUGCAUUCGACGGAGUGCCUGGCCAUAUUUGGAAGGUCUUUGAGGACCCUGCGGAGUUAGAGCACGAUGUGGGCGGGCUGAAUAAAAGCCAUGUGUUGGCAAAGUCACUGAGAGAAGACUCAGCCGAUCAUGAAGGAUCAGGCGAUUCAGUGAUGGAUCGGUCAUUAAAAUCAGCGAUCGAAACUCACUCGGCUGUGACCCAUCGUUUGGACAAUUCCGACGAUUACACAUCGUCCACGAUGUUAGAGCAAACAUCUGUACCAUCCACUAUGAGAGCUCUGUACUUUCGUCCAGCUUCAACGGCUAUCACCGACCUCACCUCUCUCUCCGCCCCGAGGGUAGACUCCUGUGUUGAAUUUGAUUCUGAAUUUCAGACGCCGAUGCCGUCUGGAAAUGAAUACCUGAUCAAGGUGAAAACAGCAGCAUUCUCUCACGAUGAAUUGCGGCUAGCUACUAUCUUGAAUCCUUCUAAAUCUAUACCCCAGAUUCCUCUGCACUGCUUCUGCGGGACGGUUGUUGAUACACCCAAACACGACCAGCGUAAUCCUGGGCCCCCUAAAUUCAAGGUCGGCGACGUCGUCUUUGGUCUAGUCAACUACACGCGAGACGGUGCCGCAGCGGAUUAUGUCGUCACUUCGGAGGACGAGAUUGCAUUGAAACCCCAGAAUAUCAGUGCUGCCGAGGCAGCCACGAUCCCUCUUCCUGCCCUUACAGCGUGGCAAUCGCUCUUUACGUACGCUGGUCUUGUUCCUGAGGAUGUCAAGGAGAUGAAACAACAAUUAAGGGUCCUUGUAACGAAUUCUCGGAACAGCGAAGUUGGAGCCCAGGCAUUGCAGCUACUUCGGUCACGUACCCUGUUCCCCUAUCGAUUACCAUGGGUCUGCGCAACUUGCGAUGCUGAGGAUCAGGAGGACUACCUGCGACUGGAGCAUGGGAUCGAGGAAGUUCUCUACGCUCCACUUCCUUUGCCCCAAGAUUAUGACCUAGGAGCCAUCUUCCGCCAGAAUUGCUGGGCUCCUGUAGAUCUUGUCAUUGACUGUGCCGGCCGUCAAAUGUUCCAACAAGCGCACUCUCCGCGCGUCAUCAAAGACAACGGCGCUGUAGUUACUGCAGUUGAUUCUACGCCCGCCCAGAAUCGAGAUUCUGAGGGUAACGGCGAACCGCCCAAGAACGGAGUCUUCAGCCGCUUCGUUGCGGUCCAGCCAGAUGGAAACGCACUAGAACGCAUCGCUCAGUUAGUGGAAAGCGAUGUGGUUCGAGGUCGCGUCGAAAGUAUUCAUGAUAUCAACCGAGGAGCUGACAUGCUGGCUAUGGGAGCGGCAGGCGCCGGUGGUGGUCGAAGAGGCGGAAUGAUGGUGAUACAUGUUAACUGA